AUGGCUCCUUCCCGAGACAGUGGAAAGGCUUCAAAAUAUGAGAGAGACAAAGGAAAAUUUCCAAAAAAGUUGUCUAAGGCUAAAAGCCGGAAAAAUGCUCAGGGAAUGAAGAAGGUUGACAAUCAGUACAAGGAGUUUGUCAACUCUGCCGCUGCAACUGAUAUGUUGUUACAAGAGGAGGCAGGUUUCUUGGAAGUCGAUGGUCCCAUGGAGAAGACAAUGAAGUUUAAGCAGGAUGACAUUGCUGAUGCUGUGGAUGUCAGUACCUCUAAUAAGAAGUUUGAUCUACAGCUUCCAGAGUUUGGCCCUUACACCCUCGACUACUCAAGAAACGGACGUAAGUUGUUGAUUGGAGGCAAGAAAGGUCACGUUGCAGCUAUGGAUUGGCGCCUUGGGAAACUUGACUGUGAGCUCUUCCUAAAUGAAACGGUAAAUGCAGUGAAGUACUUCCAUAACGAUCAAUACUUCGCUGUAGCGCAAAAAAAGUACACUUUCGUGUAUGACAGAACAGGGCUAGAGCUUCACAGGUUGAAGCAGCAUAUGGAGCAUACCCUUUUGGACUUUUUGCCUUACCAUUUUUUGCUUGUCGGCGCUGGACAUACUGGUGUCUUAAAAUAUCAUGACGUUACAACCGGUACGAUGGUCAAAGAGCUUAAGACAAAGCUAGGUCCAACUCAGGCAAUGAAACAGAAUCCAUGGAACGCUGUCAUGAAUUUGGGCCACGCUAAUGGUGUUGUUUCUCUUUGGACGCCGUCAGCUACUGAACCGGUGGCCAAGUUACAGAGCUCUCGAGGACCAGUGAGAGACUUGGCUAUAGAUAGAGAAGGCAAGUACAUGGCAGUGGCAGGCGCUGACAAGGUUGUGAAGCUUUGGGAUUUGAGAACUUUCAAGGAGCUAGAUACCCACCGCACACCCACACCAGCAACAUCUUUGGACUUUUCAGACACAGGUCUUCUUUCUGUGGGUUGGGGUCCUCAUAUUUCAGUAUGGAAGGACUUGCAAAAGACACAUCAAGAAGAGCCUUACAUGACUCAUCUUCUACCUGGCUCAAAGGUAGAGAAAGCCAAGUUCGUUCCAUUUGAGGAUCUUCUUGGAGUGGGGCAUAAGAAGGGUAUCUCUUCCUUGAUCAUACCUGGUGCCGGUGAAGCCAACUUCGACGCCAUGGAGAUCAACCCAUACGAGUCCGCUAAGCAAAGACAAGAAGGUGAAGUGAAGGCUUUGAUCAACAAGUUGUCUCCUGAUACGAUCGCUUUGGAUCCAAACUUUAUCGGUUUGGUUGACGAGAAGGCCCGUAAUGUCAGGCUCAAUAGAAGAGACCUUGAACAAGCCGAGGCUGAUGAGGCCAGAGAAAAAGAAAGUAAGGACCUUGAGAUAAGACCAGACCUUCCUGCUGAGAAGUCCAAGUUGAAGAAAUAUUUGCAAAAGAACAAAAGCAAUGUCAUGGAUGCCAGGAAAAUGAGAGCGGAGAGAAAUUUGGCUCUCGAAGAGGAGAGGAGAGAGAGGUUGAGGUUGAAGGAGAUGGGUGUGCCUGACAAGAAAGACGAGCUAGGCCCAGCUCUUGGAAGAUUUGCAUAA